AUGGAUUUUCCCACGGAACUGUCAUGGCAGGCCCGUUGGACGGUGGCCCUGCUGCUGUUGGACUCCGCCUGCAGGAAGUCUCUGCGGCUGGACGUGGUCUGCCUCAAUGUGGCGUUGAGCGCCUGCGCGAAGGGUGGGCGCUGGCGAGUGGCCGUGCAACUGAUGCAGAGGUUUUCUGCAAGACGUUUGGUGCCCGACGCACUUAGCUUGAGUUCCCUCACAUCAUCCUUUGUGCAGAGAAGCAACUGGCGCAAGGCUUUGCAGCUUCUCGAUUCGUCGUCCCCCACUGCCAUUUCCGCAGCCCUGACGGCCUGCGCUGUGGCCAUCGCCUGGCCGUCCGCCCUGCAGCUCUUCGUCACCGCUGGCAGCGCUGGCCACGGCAGCGUGCGCAACGCGCUGCUGGGGGCGCUGGCGGCGGCCAAGCGCUGGGAGAUGGCCAUGGAGCUGAUGCAGGUCCCCAGCGACCGCGCCCUGCUGCCUGUGCUCAGCUCCCUGGUGCGCCUGCGCCGCUGGCGCCAGGCGCUACGGCUGCUACCGCAGCGCGGCGCCAACGCCGCGGCGCUGGCGCUGACGUCGGCGGCGGCCACGGCGCAGCCGGUGGGGGAGAUCCGAAAGGAGAUUGGAAGGAUUCCAUCGUUCCAAGCAUUUGACAUCAAUCAGCGCCGCGAAGUUUCUGCAAGACUCUUGCUACGGCCGUUGCUGCCAGCCAGCUGCUAUCCUUUGGAAUUUGCCCUUGCACGGCAAAUCACCUUCCCCGCCGAAAGCGCUUUCCUGACACUGCGAAAAAGGCCCCUGCAACGCGAUGCCUUGCGCAGCACCGUGCUGCAGGGCACCUCCGACUUGGGCCCCAUGGCGUCCAGAGAUCUCUGGCGCUGCUUGAGCUUGACCUUUCUGCGGGGAAAAGCCCCUCCUGUGCAAGUGCCCAAAGCCUCGGGCUUUGGAGGGUUGAAGCGUGGCUUCCUCAAUGGCCCAGUGGAGGAAGCCGAUGGCAAGGCCAUUGAUGAGAUGAUCCAGGAGGCCAUGAAAACGUCGCCGGCCAGCAAGUCGGCUGCGUACAGCUAUGCGGUUGCUGGCCGGGAACAUGCCAAGGAGGAACUCGGAGGGUGCAUGCUCUGUUUGGAGCCUUUGCCCAACGAUCCACGCGAGGUCAUCAACCUCUGUGCCAGCGAGUUGGGUCGCCCCGCUGCCUUUGUUUACUGCACCGCUCCUGCUUUCUGCCGCUUGGUACAGCGCUGGCUGCUGUAG